UGAGAACAAUAGACAUCUGAUUCGGAGGUAUAGAGUCUAUAUUUAUUAGAUGAUACUCCAAACAUUUACUUAGUGUUUAAAGGUUGUUUUUUCUGUUCUGCAUCUGGUGUCCAACAAAAUUCAAUUUUUGCAAUUUUCACAUUCUUGAGAAUCUGGGGAACUUUUGUCUCAAUACCAACAACAAAAAUGGUGACAACUGAACAAAUUCGGUCUAUAGCCAAGAAGCUCGACAAGUUGCUUGUCAAUGUAACUGAACUGAAAUCGCCAGAAAAACAACCCAAAGUACCUGGUGUGGUUUUGGGAGUUACUGAUGCCAAUGAAACGCUUUACUUUAACUACAAUGGAGUAUUGGAUUUGGAAUCAAAUACUCCCGUCACCAAGGAUACAGUGUUUUGCUACUUCUCGUGUACUAAAGCCUUGACUGCCUUUGGGCUCUUGAAGCUCUACGAACAGAAAAAGCUCCUGCUUGAUGAUGAAGUUCGAAAAUAUGUUCCUGAUAUCGAUGAGCUUUACAUUGUGGAUAAGGGAACAGUUGAUCCCAACACAGGUCAUUUCACUAAACCUCCUCGCAAACCCAGUACGGCCGUAACCAUCAAACAUCUCCUUACCAUGACUGCUGGUAUGUCGUACCCAUUUUUGAGUAAAGAGUAUUCGCUUUUGGGAUCUCUAAGAAACCCUCACAUAAGCUCGGGGACUCCCACAAGAGAUCUUUUUAAAACCGACAAGACCCCUUUGAUUGGAGAGCCUGGCCAGGAGUUUCUGUACGGCCACAGCAUGGACUGGGUUGGGUUGGUGAUUGAAAGUAUCACUGGUAAGACCUUGGGACAAUACUUGAAGGAGGUUCUAUUUGACCCAGUGGGAAUGAGCUCAUGUACUUUCCAUGUAAAAAAUACCCAACACUUGAUCAGAACCCAUUUGAGAGGAAGAAAUGGCAAGAUCCGCUUGUAUCCCAAAGGAACUCAAUUAGAUCCUGUGAUUGAUAUGGGAGGCCAAGGGUGUUUUGGCAAUGUUGAGGACUAUUUGAAAUUUAUCAGACUUUGGAUCAACUUUGGAUAUUCUCCCGACGCUGGGAAGCGGCUUUUACAAGAAGAUUUAGCAGUCUAUGCGGUAAAGAAUCAUCUUCCUGCCAAUCAGGUCAUCAAGUUCGAUAUUCCAGAUUUUCCAGAUUUGAAAGAUGGGUUUACCUUAGCGGGAAUGGCCGUUACUGAAGAAGAACCUGCAACUGGCAGACCAGUUGGGUCGGUCUAUUGGAGCGGCUUGGCUAAUCUCUACUACUGGGUGGAUCACGUGAACAAGAUUGGAGGCUUCUGGGGGUCCCAGAUUUUGCCCAUGGCAGACCCACAUUCUUUCUUAGGUUACUGUAAGAUGGAGAUGGCUGUAUACGAUACACUCGGCGGUGACGACGACGACGACAGUGAUGAGGAUGAGGAUGAUGGUGAAGAUGAUGGAAAGCCAUAUCCUAGGCUUUAGCUGUCAAAUGGGUUGGUAAUUCAUCGUAUCAUGUGUGAGGUGAUUUUGCGGCCGCUGCGAUGACUCAAUAUUAUAUAUUAUUUAAUUGACUCUCAUUCAACUGAGGUUCUCAAUCUCAAAAAUUUUCAACUGAU